AUGUCUGCGUCUUCGCUUCCUCGAUCCCCUUCUCCGGCUUUUUGCGAAACAACCACAGAGAAAGAUGAUGAUCCGCAAGAUCCUUCGACUACUGACCAAGUCGUGUCGUCACAGCCAUCUCCUCCCUCACCUCCCAGUGAGGAAGCCGAACCUUACGAGGAACUACACUCUUCUAUCCAUCACGGCAAUAACAGCAAGUGUCGUAAUUUGACUCGAGCAUUGUGGCAGUCUUCUGCCUUGAUUGCCUACACUUGGUUCGUGUGCACUGUGGCAGUCGUCAUUACGGCUUUGAUAUCUCCACCUCAUCACCUUGCCUUGUUGGUAUACUCUGGACUCUCUAUGCUCCUGGCAACAUUGAUGAUGGUGGUCGAAGUAUAUCGCGAAGAUUUUUAUGGAAUUCAUCCAGUGUCUCCAAAGAUCAUUCCAAUGCUGUGGAAUCCAAGAUUUGGAAACUGUUGCAACUUUUGGAUCUAUUGCAGCAUGGUGCCACCCGCAUUGACUAUGACUGUCAUGAAGUUGGAGAUUUCUGUUCUCCUCUUUGUUGUUUUGAACCUAUUGCGCCUGUGCAUCGUGUUCCGAAAUCACUGGUGCCACGUGACUGACGUUGAUGAUGAUUCAACUUCGAUUCCCGAAACCAUACGAAUUUCAAUUGAGCCAACUGCAGAGGAUUCCCUGAGAGAGCCACUAUUGGCAAGUGAUGAUACCAGUGCAGAUAAUGUAUAG